AUGAGCUUGACUUUUGAGUCACCAACAAGAGGAGGGAAUGAAGCGUAUUUUACGCCCUUAAAUAUGCCAACCAUUCACACCAACACUACGGCAACCGAAGAAACUAGCACGAACACACCUUAUUACACUGCUCCUAUUAAUCCUGGUCUUCAUCAAGACUUUUUAAAUGCGAUUCAAGCACGUCAUUCUACACAACCUACCGUACUCUCUGCUGUUGCUAGUCCCACCAGAGCUGACGUUGGCUUCUCUUUAAACAUGGGCUCACUGGCUCAUCGUAGACAACCACCUUCCUUAAACAACAGUCCAGUUGCAGCUCCCUUGGAAGCCAACGCACUGGCCCAGUUACUACUAGCUUAUAAGGACAAGUCUCACCUGCUUCUUUUACUGGACGUACGCUCAUUUGUCCAGUUCUCGCAUUCCAAAAUUCGUACUGCCAUCAACAUUUCUAUACCCAAUACCAUCUUGAAGAGACCUACAUUCACGCUGGAUAAAGUGUAUGAGGCCAUUGUAUUGGAGGAGUCUCGUGAAAAGCUUAAAACAUGGUCUACUGUCGAAACUAUCGUCUUUUACGAUCAACAGUCGCAAUUGUUACAGGAGAAUUCCGCCUCUGCUUAUUUGGCCUCUAAACUGAUCCGUGCCGGUUUCAAGGGCCAGUUAAACUAUCUUAAGGGUGGUUUUGAGGCGUUUGCAAAUACUCACAAGGAGUAUUGCGAAAGUACACUGUCACCAAGUUCAUUCCAGCAACAACAACGUUUGAUGAUGGCUUCUGCGUUAGGACCACCUACGGACGGCGGAUUUAAUCUGUCGAGUGCAGCAUUGAAAGGAGGUCGACCCAAAUUGCGGUUAAAUAACCUGCCAAUGGCCACACCUUCUUUGGGACCUUUUACGGCUCCCAUGCCUCAAUUUGAAAACCAAGCAUUCAAUCCCUUCUUUUCCAAUAUCCGUCAAAACAUGGAGCUGUCACAUGGACCCAUUCGUGAACGUUUUCCUGUUCGUCUGCCAAGCAAGUGUAACAUGGUCGAUCCUACAAGGUUGAUUCAAGCUACAGAUUCCGUGCCACGCUGUGUUGCAGGAGGUCACAUGGAAAACGGGCUCUUUCAAGCUCCGGGUUGGUUACAUGAGACCGUUCAAGAAAACGGUGCACAAAUCCUCGCCGAGACCUACGAAAAAUUAGAGAGGACAGAACAGCGUAGACUACAAAAUAUCAUGCAUUUCCACUCCAAACAUACAGACAAUCCUGCUGAAUUCCCCUUUAGUAUUGUUGCUGGUAUUGAAAUGGGUGCAUUGAACAGAUAUACCAACAUCUGGCCUUUUGAGUAUACGCGUGUUAAAAUCCGUCAGCAUGGCGUGUCUGAUUACAUUAACGCAAGUUAUGUGCAAUACAUCGAAAGCAACGACACCGUAUCUGAUGCACGUCCUGAUGGCGUGGAUACGGAAACGGUAAAGAUCAUGAAGACGUGUGGUACAGGAGAAAAUACGCAACCGUACCGUCGAUAUAUAUCCACACAGGGACCUUUGCCUGCCACCUUUAAUGAUUUCUGGCAAGUGGUUUGGGAGCAAAACUCCCGUGUAUUGGUGAUGCUUACCAAGGAAGAAGAAAUGAACAAGAUCAAGUGUCAUCGUUACUGGCCAAGCACUGUCAAUGCCCCAAUACAAUAUGGUGAUGUCACCAUCACCUUGACAGAGGAAACUGUGAGACCUGUGUUAAAGAUAAAGGGCGAUGAUCAACCCUUAAACCCCGAUGAUGUAGUCAUUGUACGUGCCCUGAAAUUGUCAAGACUGGGUGAAGAGCGACAUGUGACUCAUUUGCAGUAUACCGGUUGGAUGGAUUUCGGUGUCCCUGACAACCCAUUAGGUACACUGCAAAUUAUUCAAAUGGCUGACGAGGCACAGGCUGUGUAUGAGAGUGCGGGUCCCAUGAUUGUACAUUGUUCUGCUGGCUGUGGUCGUUCUGGCGCUUUCUGUGCCAUUGACACUGUGCUGUAUCGCAUCUCCAUGGAUAAGGAUUUAGCUGAUAUGCGUGAUAUUUUGUUGCAAACCAUUUCAAAAUUCAGAGAGCAACGUCUCAGUAUGGUGCAAACUCUAAGACAAUUCGUGUUUUGUUAUGAAGCUAUUUGGUGGUGGUUUCUUGGUCAUGGUUUAGAGAAAUCCGUAGAUGUCAUGGACACUUCAUCCUAA